AUGAAUUUAAAAUUCGUCACAUUUUUGUGUGCUUUAUUCACUAUUGUCCUCUACGCUGAAGCAAUUAUUUAUUAUCAUGAAGAUAAACGUGACGCUGAAGCAAUAGCAGAUCCUGAUAAACGUGCAAUUAUUUAUUAUUAUGAUCUUGAUAAACGUGACGCUGAAGCAGAGGCCUACUACUACUACAAACGUGAUGCCGAAGCGGAGGCAAACCCCGUCCCCUACUAUUACUACAAACGUGAUGCUGAACCAGAGGCAAACCCCAUCCCCUAUUAUUACUACAAACGUGCCGCAAUCAGAAAAAAGGCAUAA